GAGCUCAAGAUUCUGCGGCGCAUCCGGUCGCAGCACGUCGUGCGCUUCUACGAGUACUUCUCUAUUGAUGACUCGGUGUGGAUAGUGUACGAGUUUAUGAGCCGCGGGUCGAUCACUGACCUUCUGGCGGCUUAUCCAGAGAUUCGCAUGCCCAUGGUCACCAUCUCGUUUGCCAUGCACGAGGUACUGACCGCGCUGGCGUACCUGCAUGAGCGCCACAUCAUCCACUGCGACGUGCGCAGCGACAACGUCCUUAUUGACGACCGCGGCCAGGUCAAGCUGGCAGACUUUAGCAGCGCCGUGUACUUGGACAUUGAUCAGCCGUCGGUGCACAAGACAUCACUCGGUGCUAUCUACUGGAUGGCGCCCGAGCUGGCCAAGGGCGCCGGGUACUCGCCCAGCACUGACGUGUGGGCAGCGGGCGCACUGCUCUAUGAGAUGAUUGAGGGCCAGCCACCGUACAUCGAGUACCCUGACAUUAAGGUCCUCGAGCUGGCGAACGCCAACGGCAUGCCCAAACUGUCAACCCCUGAAGCCUGCGAGUCGAACCUGAUCGACUUGAUGCACCUGUGCACGACCAUCAACCCUGCCGAGCGGCAGGCUGCAUCUCGCCUGCGCAAGCACGAGGCUGUUCUGUUG